AUGCAGCCCUAUCGACCGGCUUAUCGAAACCCUUCGCCCGAUCCUGAUCAGGACCUCGCCAUGUUACCUCCCCAGAACAACUACUACUCGCCCGUCAACCCCAGCCACCACCAGCUCCCACCGCAGCACCAGCAGCAGCGACAGCCUCAUCCCCAUGACGACCCUUACUACUCCGACCGAGACUACGUACCGCACCACCCGGGCCAGUCGGACGUCACGACCGGCGCAGACAACUACGGCCAUGGGGCUGCGGGAGGAGGCAUGACGGGCCUUGCUUCCGGCGUCGCCGCUUACCCGGGACAGUCUCGUCGACACCUCCAUGACUCGCGUGCCUACGAGGAGAUGGGAUACCAGGAGACCAUGGGCGGGAACUAUGAGCCGGCUGGAUAUGACCAUGGCUAUCAGUAUCAGCAGCAGCAGCAGCAGCAGCAGCCUCCUCAUCACGCCAACAGCAUGAACAACGGCAACUAUGGCAACAACAACUAUGGCAAUAACAACUAUGGUAACGACAGGUAUAAUGCGUACCAGGAGAAUGCUAAUGCUGGCCCCGCGAGAUACCACUAUGAAGACCCGUACAGGAGAGACGAGUCCAGCCUGGGCGCCGUACACCCGGAAUCCAUCAACCCACAUGAUAUAGUCGACGAUGGAGACGACGGCUUCAUGCCUGAACCCAAGAGACGCUCCAUCCUCAGCAUCGGCCAUAACUCAAGCCACAACAACCUCUAUGCCGGCGCCGUCCCUGUAGCCGGUGCGUCGGGUUCCCUGCCCGGAUCGGGCUCUCGCAGUCCCGCCGGUGGUGCCAGUUCCAGUGGUAAUAUCGGCGGCAACAGCAGCAGGGCAGAUGCACCGCUAUACAACCUCGCGACAGGCGAGAAGAAGGUCUUUGCAGACGAAGAGCGCUCGCGGAAGAAGCGGCUCUGGAUCAUCGGCAUUAUAGUUGCCCUGGUCAUAGCUGGUGCUAUAGCCGGUGGUGUCACAGCAGGCAUCCUCGCCAAUAAGGCUGCCAGCUCCGACCCAAACAGACCCGGCCACUCGGGCUCAGACGACGACAGCAAUGGCGACCUUGGCAAGGACUCGAAAGAGAUCAAGGCCCUGCAGAGCAACGACCUGCACAAGGUCUUCCCGGGCAUGGACUACACUCCCUGGGGAACACAGUACCCUCUCUGUCUCAAGUACCCGCCCAGCCAGAACAACGUCACCCGCGACAUCGCCGUGCUCUCCCAGCUCACCAACACCGUCCGUCUGUACGGCACAGACUGCAACCAGACCGAGAUGGUCCUGCAUGCCUUUAAGCGUCUCGAGCUUCCGCAGAUGAAGCUCUGGCUAGGUGUCUGGAUAGAUACCAACACCACCACCAACGACCGCCAGAUCGAGCAGCUCUACAAGAUCCUCGAAAACACUCCCGACAAAUCAGUCUUCAAGGGCGUCAUCGUCGGAAACGAAGUGCUGUACCGUGGCAAAAACGACCCCUCAACAAUCACCCAGCUGAUGGGCUAUAUCAAGGGCGUCAAGGACGAGCUCUCAAAGCUUAACCUUAAGCUCCCCAUCGCCACGUCCGAUCUAGGAGACGCAUGGACUCAGCCGCUCACCAAGAUAGUCGAUGUAGUUAUGUCCAACGUCCAUCCGUUUUUCGCGGGCGUUACUUCCGCCCAGGGAACGGGCUGGGCAUGGUCGUUCUGGACGGAACACGACGUCGUGCUGACGAAGGGAACAGACAAGAAACAGAUCAUUUCUGAAAUCGGAUGGCCUAGUGGUGGAGGCAAUAACUGUGGCAUGGAUAAGUGUCCUGAUUCCACCUCGGGUUCGGUAGCUAGCGUUAAGGAUUUGAAUAUCUUCAUGGACCAUUGGGUCUGUGAGGCCUUGAGUAAUGGCACAGACUACUUCUGGUUCGAGGCCUUCGAUGAGCCGUGGAAAGUCAGGUAUAAUGAACCCGGCAAGGAAUGGGAAGAUAAAUGGGGUCUCAUGGAUCCCGGCCGGGUUCUUAAGCCUGGUAUCAAGAUUCCCGACUGCGGCGGCAAGACGAUCAACUAA